GGAAUUUCCCAUUACACGUAUCAUUUUUUUAAUGUCAAAAUAUUCAAGAAAGAAUUGUUAAUUAUAGCAUUAUUUAAGUUAUAUCUGGUGUUUUUAAGUAUAUUAAACUAUGGAGUCUCCACCGAAAACAGAUAUUGAUGUUAUUUUCAAUCGAUUGAGGUCUUUACCGUAUAAUAAAGUUUGUUUCGAUUGUAAUGCUAAGAAUCCAACUUGGUCAUCUAUAACUUAUGGAGUUUUCAUCUGCAUCGAUUGCUCUGCUGUCCAUAGAUCUUUAGGAGUUCAUUUAACUUUUGUGAGGUCUACGAACCUCGACACUAAUUGGAAUUGGCUGCAAUUACGUCAAAUGCAAGUGGGUGGAAAUGCCAAUGCAAGCUCAUUCUUUCGACAACAUAACUGUGUCACAACCGAUGCCCAGCAAAAAUAUAAUUCCCGUGCUGCUCAAUUGUAUAAAGAUAAAUUAACACAUCUUGCACAACAAGCUUGUAAAUUGCACGGAACUACUCUCCACAUAAAUGAGCCACAUUAUCAUCAUGAGGAACAACAGGAACAAGAACAUGAUUUCUUUGCUCAUGUUGAAAACGAGCAUUUAACUUUAAAUAAUGUCCAACUUGAAAGAAGUGAAGUGGUUGAAUCAGCAAAGCCAGUGACAACACCGUAUGUCCAUUAUGAUGGUGCAGAACCAAGUGUUGACUUUUUAAGUUCAAAUGUUACGGAAUCGACUAAAUCAUCAAUUGGAGUACGAAAAAUUCAGCCUAAAAAGUCAGGUUUGGGAGCUAAAAAGACAUUAGGAGCAACAAAAGUUAAGACGAAUUUUGCUGAUAUUGAACAACGUGCCAAUUUAGCUGAUCAGUCAAAGGAACCAGUUAUUGAGAAGAAAAUGACAGAACAGGAAGAAACUGAGACAAUGAAUAGCGUUCGAUUAGCGUACCAAGAUCUAUCGCUGAAAAAACAAAAGGAAGAAGAUCGUUUGAAAAUCCUCGAUCCAAAUAAAGCAAAACAAGUCGAACGUCUUGGAAUGGGAUUUAAUCAUCGUGGUGGAGUAUCGCAUUCAAUGCUUACAGAUAUGCAGACUAUCAAUCAAGAUAUUGCACCAAGUAACAUGAAGACUACGAAAUCUUUUGAGAAAUCAUUUGAUCGUGACAAUAAUAGUUCUAAAGAUGACAUGUUUGAUGACUAUUCAAUGUAUAGCUCAACAACGUCAAGUAAUAGCAACAAGCAAGAUUAUCGUGAUGCAAUUAUGAUGGGUUUUGAACCUAUAGACUCUAAACAAAAUGUAUAUUCCAUGUUUUCGCCAUCAUCUAAUGACAAAGAAAGCACUAGCAAAAACACAUCCGUUAGUCGACAACCAACAUCCAGCAAAAGUAGUAGCUCGAAAUCAUCUAAACCAUCGCCAUCUGACAGUUUUGAUUCUGAAUCAAUUCAAAAAAAGUUUGCUGGCGCUAAAGGAAUUUCAUCAGAUCAGUUUUUCGGAAAUGAGCAAUCGGCUGAAAAAUCUAGUAAUUUGUCUAAAUUUCAAGAUUCAACGUCCAUUUCGUCUGCUGAUUACUUUGGUGAUGGAACACAGGCUGCUAAAAGAAGCUCUCGUAUGGAAUUUCACAGUCCAGACCUCGAUUUGGACGAUGUCAAGGACUCGAUAAGGACUGGCGUUCAUAAAGUAGCCGGAAGAAUUAGUUCAUUAGCUAAUAAUGUAAACAGCUACAUACAAGAUAAAUAUGGACACUAGAAUGUUAUCAUUGUUGCUUAUGAAUAUAUGUUAUAUUAUAAAAUAAUUCGGAAACGAUUCACAAUAAGAAUUCUGAGAGUAGGGACAUUCUAUACAUUCAUAAUUUUAUAUGAUUAAGUUUCCAUUUAGACCAUAUGCACAUAAAGUUUGGGUAUAUAUGAAAAGAAAAACUAUCCGAAUUUGCUGUUAAAAUCAAAAUUAUUUCUCAAGAUCUUAAAAGCAUGUAGCACUGAUGUUUUUAAAAAACUUCUCAAUCGACAGUAACUGUAGAUUCACAUUUAACAAAAAUCCAAUAACCUUUUGUAUAAAAUAAUUAAAUGUAGUGUCUAA